GCGAGGCUGGCGGUCGACGCGACCUAAAUUUCUAGCUCCCCAAGGCUAAAGAAGAAGAGGUCAACUUGGAACUUGUCGGUUGCCCCAUCAAUUGCACCCUUUAACCUUCUUACUCACUCUUUGGGAUUGGAGCUAGCACCGCGAUCAUAUAUUUUAUUUAAGGUCGCCUGCGAAUUCCACCAUUGAAUCAAUCAACUAUACCUAUACCUAAUAAAAAAAGAUAAAUCAUUUCUUGUCAUUACCAAUAGAACCGCGCUUACCUUCUUUCUACCCUCCGCCGCCUGCCUUUUCAAGAUGAGUAAUUCUAUGAGGGACUUAAUUUCGGGCGAGGCCGAGCUCGACGACGAAGAGGAUGACGAAUCCUUUGAUGAGGAGACCGGUGAGACUCGGGAAAGAUCACGAAACCGAAACCAAGAAUUAGAUGACUCUAGUGAAGAGGAUGAGGACGAUGACGAUGAAGAAGAAGCUCGAAAGGUCCGUGAAGGCUUCAUCGUAGAUGAGGACGAAGAUGAAGACGAAGAUUUGCUCGAAGACGAAGAUGAGCGACGCAAGCGAAGAAAGCGCAAGCGACGACAAGAGCGUGAAGAGGAAGCUCAGUUAGAUGAAGAGGAUCUCGACCUUAUCGGAGAGAACAUUCCCGAAUGGGAACGGAAGCAGCCCUCGCAAGGCAAAUUCAAGAGACUGAAGCGCGGCCACCGUGACGAUGAUCCCCGUGGAAAUGAGCGACGCGGCCUCGACGACAUGUUUUCCGAUGAAGACGAUGAGCUUGCCGAUGAACAACCAUACUCAAGACCGAGCCAUCGCGCCGCGGCGGGCGAGUUCGAUGAUUUCAUUGAGGAAGACUUCCCCGAAGAUGAAGACGAACGUAUGCGCCAAAUGGAGGAUAUGGAAGUCGCUCGCCCGCGAGACAAGGGCAUAGCAGGACGAAUUGUCGACCGGGCUGGACUGGAUAAAGACGCUCUUGAGGACAUGGAAGCAAUCUUCGGAAAUGGAGAAGACUACCAAUGGGCCCUAGAUGAAGAAGAGGAAGAAGAGGAGCGCCAGAGAGAGGAGCAAACUCUCGAACUGAAGGAUGUGUUUGAGCCCUCGCAACUGGCGGAAAAGCUUCUUACCGAUGAAGAUAACGCGAUUCGAUUUACAGAUGAGCCCGAACGAUUCCAGCUCGAUCGUAAGCCUUUCAAGCACCUCAAUAUCCAAGGUGAACAGUUCAAGGACGAAAUUCAGUGGAUAGCGGAUCUGAUGUGGCCAAAGAAGCAACUGUCCGGUGACUUGCAUGGCCCUUUUCAAAAGGCUGUUGGUAAAGUUCUGGAAUAUUUCGUUCUUGAGGAUCUCGAAGUGCCCUACGUCUUUCAACAUCGGAAAGAUUACCUCAUCCACGCUCGCAAAACCCGGAACCCCGAUCACCGUGAUGACCCCGAAGCUCCAGAGUAUAUCGUCAACGCUGAGAAGCUUCUUACGCAAGACGACCUUUGGCGCAUACUUGAGUUAGAUAUAAAGUAUCGAUCUCUUUUUGAGAAGCGCGGUGUGCUCGAAAAGACGUGGGAUAAUCUACGAGAAGCCAUGCAAGUGAACGACGAUAUGAUCCCGGAAAUGCUAAGUCAGGCUGUCACGAUGGAGGAGCUUCAAGAUUUACAGGACUAUAUUAAUUUCCAAUAUGCCUCACAACUAAAGGACAUCGCUGCCAUGAACGGUGUAGUCAAGGGAACGAAGCGUCCGGGCGCCAAGUCGUCUGUUUUCGAACGUGUCCGCAAGAGUAAUGCCUACAAAUUUGUCAAGGCCUACGGUAUCUCUCCCGACCGGUUAGCACAGAAUGCUCUGCGCGAAGGCAAAAAGAUGAUUGCAGACGACGAGCAAACCUUGCCGAUCGACCUCGCCGAUCGCCUCACUGAUAGCGAUUUCCCUACCGGCGACCAAGUUCUCUACCAGGCAAGACACAUGUAUGCGGAGGAGCUAUUCAUGAGCCCGCGAAUGCGAAAGUAUUUCAGGCAGAAUUUCUACAUGACGGGCGAGAUCAGCUGCUUCCGAACGGAAAAGGGACUUCGAAGAAUUGACGAAUCCCAUCCUUAUUACGAGAUUAAAUACCUUAUCAACCAGACGAUUAGCGACCUCGCGCGCCGACCGGAGCUCUUCUUGAAGAUGAUGAAGGCUGAAGAGGAAGGAUUGAUUGAGGUUAGACUCCGACUUCAAAAUGAAAAAGAUUUUCGACGUCAACUGCAGGCCGAGUUUGUCUCAGAUAACUACAGCGAACUUGCAGAUGCUUGGAACGAGGAGCGUAAGAAGGUCCUCGAUAUUGCAUUCGCUAAGCUUGAGAGGGUAAUAACCAAGGGGGUCAAGGACUCGUUGCGAACUGCCUGCCAGGAAGAGCUCCUCAAGCUAUGCCGGGAAGAGUACUCUAAACGACUUGACCAAGCACCCUACAAACCAAAGGGCAUGGUAUUGGGUACCACUCCGCGCGUCCUUACCUUGUCGAACGGCAUGGGUGAUCCCGCUCGAGAUCCCAUCUUCUGGGUCUGGGUUGAGGAAGAUGGGCGGGUCAUCGAGCACGGCAAGUUCGGAAACCUUGCUCGAGAUGAAUCGCAGCGUGAGGCUUUCGUCGAAUUGAUUGAACGGAGGAAACCAGAUGUUAUCGGCGUUAGUGGUUUCUGUACCGAUACCCAUCGGCUGGUCCGGGAUUUGGAAAGUCUCGUGAACGAGAAGAACCUCACGGGUCCUGAAUUCCCAGACCCUGAUACCGACGACUAUCGAAGCGAGCUGUUAGAGGUCGUUGUUGUUAACGAUGAAGUCGCGAGACUAUACAAAGACAGUCCCCGGGCGCAGGCUGACCAUCCGACGUUGACAUCAAAUACUCGUUACUGUGUCGCUCUUGCGAGAUAUCUGCAAAACCCUAUGAAGGAGUAUGCAGCGCUUGGGAAAGACAUUACCUCUCUAUUAUUCAAUCCCUGUCAGCACCUGCUUCCUCAGGAGAAGUUGUUGAAACAUCUUGAGACGUCGAUGGUGGACAUGGUAAAUCUCUGCGGUGUUGAUAUCAACGAAGCUGUCAGCGAUGCAUAUACAGCCAACCUGCUUCCAUACGUCGCAGGUCUAGGCCCCCGCAAAGCAACAAGCGUAAUCAAAGCUAUCAAUACCAACGGUGGUGUGGUGAACUCGAGGGACGAGCUUGUUGGCGACCCGGAUAAUAAUAAACUGCCAGUGGUUGGUCCGCGAGUCUGGAACAACUGCGCCAGUUUUCUUUAUAUUGAAUAUGAUCCAACAAAUCCGUCUUCGGAGCCUUUGGAUAACACUCGUGUUCAUCCUGAAGACUAUGAGCUCGGUCGCAAAAUGGCAGCAGAUGCCCUUGAGUUAGAUGAGGAGGACGUGAAAGCUGAGACCGACGAGAACGGCGCCGGUGCGAUCGUACGCAAGCUGUUCCGUGAGGAUGAGCAGGAGAAGGUCAACGAACUUAUUCUGGAAGAAUAUGCCGAACAGCUAGAGAAGAAUUAUAACCAACGAAAACGGGCGACUCUAGAGACCAUUAGAGCAGAGCUGCAGGCACCAUACGAAGAACUCCGCCGAAAUUUCAGUCUCUUGACUCCCGACCAAGUCUUUGUCAUGUUUACGGGUGAAACCAAGGAGUCUCUGACAGAAGGCAUGAUCGUCCCGGUUAACUUACGGGUGGUCAAGGAUGACUUCGCUAUUGCCAAACUCGACUGCGGUAUCGAAGGCCGAAUUGAAGCCCACGAGGUCAAUCACCGAAGCAACGUCUCAAUCAGGGAUGUUAUCCACGUCAAUCAGACUGUUCAAGCCAAGAUUGUGGAUCUUAAUCGGAAGGAUUUCCUUGCAAAGCUCACUUUGCGCGAAGAUGCGCUUCGACGACCUUACAAGAAACACAAUGACCAUGAUCGUGGCACUUGGGAUUUUAGACAAGAGGACGACGAUAAGGAUGCGUUACGAGAGAAGGAUAAGACGACAGGUCGCACGCAACGUGUAAUCAAGCAUCCGUUGUUCAAACCCUUCAACUCUACGCAAGCGGAAGAGUUUCUAGGUUCCCAGUCGUCGGGCGAUGUAGUUAUCCGACCAUCUUCAAAGGGUAACGAUCACCUUACGGUCACUUGGAAAGUCGCGGAUGGAGUCUACCAGCACAUCGAUGUUCUCGAACUACAGAAAGAGACCGAGUUCUCAGUUGGGAAGACACUUCGUAUCGGCGGCAAAUAUACAUAUACAGAUCUUGACGAGUUGAUCGUGGACCAUGUCAAAGCCAUGGCCAAGAAAGUUGAUGAAAUGAUGGGCCACGAGAAGUUCAAGAAGGGGAGUGUCGCGGAUGCCGAAAAAUGGUUGACAUCGUACUCGGACGCUAACCCGAACCGUUCGAUCUAUUUGUUCUGCAUCAAUCCCAAACGCGCAGGUUAUUUUUAUCUGUGCUUCAAAGCGAGCAAGACCUCGCGAAUUAACAUGUGGGAUGUGAAGGUAGUGCCCCACGCUUUCGAGAUGAUGGGAUCCCAAUAUCCGCAUAUGCUUGCUCUUUGCAAUGGUUUCAAGCUUAGAUUCAACAGCGAGAUUAGCAGAUUGCAACAGAUGAGGCGGUGAAAAGGGUCGCCAGUAGAAGGUAGUUUGUUAUUCAUCUGCAUGUAUCACUAGGGCGUUAGGAUGGCAGACUAGCUACGUUUUACUCAUGAGGAUGAUGAAAGCCGCAUAGAACUUCGGAUAGGCUGACGGAGUCAGAGUAUUAAUACUAUGAAGACCCCCAACUUUUCGUAUCUGGUAGAUAGUUGAGUUGAGUGAGGCAGCUUCACGCGUACUUAAUAGUUAUGAAAAAAAAGUCAAAUAAAAUUAUUUUUCCUCACUG